UGACAUUUAUAAUUUAUUUACAUUUAGUAAUGGUGAUUUUUCUAUAAUUUAAUUUUAAACAAUGCUCUUGCAUUGUUCCUUGACUAUUUUACCAAAACCAUACACUUUCCUCAUUUCAAAGUACAUGUUUAAACUAAAAACCUCUCAUUUAAACAACAUCAACAACCCUAUUCACAUAAUAAAGUGUAACAAAUGUUACUACAAACACCACUACUCAUCAGAAGUAGAAAGUGUGAUAAACAGACAGAUCCAGGCUGAGCAGCAAGCAGCACAGGACUACCUGAGCAUGGCGGUGACAUUCCUCCAUCCGGCCAUGUCCCGACCUGGAGCUGGCGGCUUCUUCAUGAGCAUGUACGACGAGGAACUCGGUCACAUGCAGGACUUUAUCAACUACCAGCUAAUGAGAGGAGGAACCCCGGCUAUAACCUGUGUGAAAGAGCCCCCAGAUAACAAAAAUCUCACACUGCUAAGUGCUUUUGAGAAAGGUCUGGCUAUGGAGAAACUUGUGACUGAGUUACUAGAGGAUGUUGUGAAAGUAGCAGAAACAGCUAAUGACUAUGAGUGUGCGGACUUUGUGACCUCUGUGUUCCUGAAAGAGCAAUUCAAGUCCAUAAACGAGAUGGCCCACCAUGUGACAAGGCUGGCCCGCUUGAAGGACGAACAUGCCAUUUAUCACUAUGACCUGGAGCUAUGCAAGUCCCAUCCCUAUACACCUAAAAUACCAAAAUAAUUACCUCUUGUAAAUGA